UCUCUCUUUCUCUCUCUCUCUCUCUCUCUCUCUCUGUUCACAAAUACUAUUUGAGGCUUGGGGUUUUGAUGGUGUUCAACCAAUUAGGGUUAUCUCUGGAUAGGAUAAGGGGAUAACCCUCGGUCGUAAGUCUUGUCUGGGUUUUCUUUUUUCGCGUUCUUUGCACUCAAUUUUGGUUCUUGAAGUGAGUAAGAAGUUGAUGAUUUUAUAGUGUGUUAGACUUAGAGUGGAUAAAGAAUGAGGAACCAUACACUUGUGUUUGAUUGGCUGCGCCUUUAUAUUGAUUUCAGGUCUAAUUUGUACACUGGCAGUUCUUAAAGAUUUCGUCUUUUUAAUUUAGGGAAAGAUAUAAAGAACAGAUUCAAGUUCAUGCGAAGGAGAUGGUGUUGAAGAAGCAUAGAAUUCCAGGGGACUAUUCAAGUGUUUGUAGAUCGAAAGUUUCUGGAAGAAUUGACACUGGUGUUACUGUUUCUGAGGGUUCUAUGGCUUCUAGGAAAAAAUGGAAAACUUUGAAUUCUUCCACCCAGCAUGGUUUUUCUGUGCCCACAAAUGUUAUACGAUUAUCGAAACUAUCUUUGUCUGAGAGAAAGAACUUAGUACUGCAGUUGAAAUCCGAACUUGGAGAUAUCCAAAUUCUCCUGAAGAAACUCGAGUCGCUAGAGGCAAAACCUGUUGCAGUCCCGUCUAAUGAAAUUCUUAGCACACAGAAAGGGCCACCUGUGCAGAACUUUUCGCAAUUCCUGGAAAACUCGAGCUCUCUUGGCCAGAAGCCACGGGGGUGGAAUCGGGGUACAUCGGGAAGGUUUGAGUCUCUGAAAAGGGAUCCCGAGCAGUCAAAUACGAACUCGAUGAUAUUCAAGAAAUGUGAGGGCUUGUUGAGAAAGUUGAUGACACAAAAGGGUUGUGAGUGGUUUAAUCAACCUGUUGAUAUAGUGAAGCUAAAUAUCCCAGAUUAUUUUACCAUUAUUAAACAACCUAUGGAUCUUGGGACAGUAAAGAAGAACCUUACUUCGGGUCAGUACUCGAGUCCACUGGAUUUUGCUGCUGAUGUGAGACUGACUUUCUCGAAUGCCAUGACCUACAAUCCGCCUGGGAAUAUAGUCCAUACUUUGGCUGAUACCCUGAGUAAAUUCUUUGAAGUUCGAUGGAAACCUAUUCAGAAAAUGGUUCAUGUAAAUUCAGCUAAACCCGCAGAAGAAAAUCCAGCCCUGCAUGAAGAAUUUGAAAUGACCAAGACUGUAUCUUCUUCGAAAAAGAGGAAACUUUCUCCUGUACAUCAUACUGCAUCGCCAGAGCCUCUGAAGCAGAGCAUGACGGCUGAGGAGAAACAGAAAUUAAACACCGACUUGGAAGCAUUACAGGGAGAUCUUCCUGAUCACAUAAUUGAGUUUCUCAAGGGACAGUCUUCAAAUGGAGCAGAGGUUGGGGAAGAUGAGAUCGAGAUUGAUUUUGAUGUUCUCAGUGAUGAUACAAUGUUCAAAUUGCGAAAGCUUCUAGAUGACUUUUUGCAGAACAAACAAAGCGAAUAUGCAAAAGCGGAGCCUUGUGAGAUAGAGGCAUCUUUAUUUCAGCUGCAAAAUGAUUCUGGAUUUAGCAAUUCGUCAAUGCAAGUAGACAAAGGUAAUGAACUCGAAGAUGAGGAGAUUGAUAUUGGUGGAAAUGAGCCUCCAGUCUCGAGUUAUCCUCCGGUUAAGAUUGAACGGAAUGUUGGUGAGGAAACUAAUGAUUGUGUUAAUGCUGACGACCCAUCUAGCAAUUCAGAAUCUGAUAGUGGGUCGGACCACGUCCAUGAACAAGGUUCACAGCAGAAGGCAAACUCUAGUGAUUCAGAGGGCCAAGAUGAUGGGGAGAGCACCCAGGAUGGGAGGCCGGUCUCCCCCGAAAGGCUCUAUAGGGCUGCUGUACUGAAGAAUCGAUUUGCUGAUACAAUUCUGAAAGCUCGUGAGAAGACGCUUGUGCAGGGUGAAAAGGGAGAUCCAGAAAAACUGAAGCGUGAAAGGGAGGAACUCGAGAUGCAAAAGAAAAAAGAGAAAGCUCGGUUGCAAGCAGAAGCCAAAGCUGCAGAAGAAGUUCGAAAACGAGCAGAAGAAGAGGCUGCAGCCGAGGCCAAGAGAAAGAGAGAACUCGAGAGAGAAGCUGCAAGGCAAGCACUGCUCAAGAUGGAAAAGACCGUGGAGAUAAACGAGAAUUCCCGGUUCCUCGAAGACCUGGAGAUGUUGAGUGGAGUCGGCCAUCCUGAGCAUUUGCUUAGCUCUGCAGAUGAGACCAGCCCAGAACACUUGCAAGAUGGCGGUUUAGGCAGUUUUAAGUUUGGAGGUGGUAAUAAUCCCCUGGAACAGCUAGGGUUAUACAUGAAAGUGGACGACGAGGACGAAUGUGAGGCCCUGCCACCACCUAAGCUCCCAAACGACCAAGAUUCUCUAGAGGAAGGUGAAACUGAAUAGGAUUUUUUCCAUUGUAUUAUACAAAAUAUAAACUUGGAAACCAUCAAAGUAUUGUAAAUUGUGAAGGAAUCAUAGUAAUUCUCGGAUAAAAUUUAGGGACUUAUUUGAUUUUUUUCGAGAUAAAACAAACAAUUUAAUUUGGUAUUGGAGUAGACAGAUGAUCUUGAAUGAUAAACAAAUAUUAUUGUA